CUGUUCACAAGCCUUCAGGAAAAUGGCCGGUGGCGUGUGCUCGUCAGUUUUACUGUUGGUUGACACAGUGUAAUUCUUGUGUUUCUCCUGGUAAAAGUCAGAAUACGGUGUAUGGGCAAGACGAAGCACAGUGGAGUUCUUUAACCCCAGGGCCAGUGUAUGAAUCAAAACGCCGUUCCUUAUUUCAGCUCUUCUGAUAACGCUAUUUCUUUGCAUCCCAUCUAACUAAUGGAAUUGCUUCAAAAGGCCAUAAUCAUUGAUUAAACUGGAGUCAGACAGAAGCAGUAUGGCGAGUCCUUCGCCACAAUCUUCUCCUAUGCCUCCUCCACAAGCACCAAGUCCUAUGGGACCACCUCAGCAAGCUCCAUCGCCUUCAAAUCCUCAAGGGAGCCCUAUGGGACCACCACAGCAUCAUCCUCAUAGUCCAACGCAAGGAUAUCAAGGUGGACCACCACCUCCUGGUCCACCGAUGCCCCAGCCACCACAACAGCAACCACCAUCGCAACAGCAAAGUUAUCCACCACAUCCGCAACAAAUGCCACCUAAUAUGGGUCCACAAAAAAAAUAUAAGAAAGCACCUUCACCACGUUUGGCCGUAUACAGCUCGUCCUUUGCUGGAUUGAGAAUGAUGCCAAUGACCAAUUCCUUACCGAUAGCAAGAGCAACAGAGAUGCAGGAUUGUGAAAAAGAGUGGACAAAGUUGACAGUGCCGUCAAUAGGAUCUAUUAACCAGGGUCAAGGUGGACCUGGUGGUCCUGGAGGACCUGGACCAGGAUCUCAGCAAGGACCUGGUGGCCCGAUGGGCCCGGGCCAGAUGGGACCCAACGGACCGCAAAGUGGAUCACAUAUGGUACCAGGAGGUCCAGGGCAAAUGGGUCCGAAUGGACCUGGACAAAUGGGACCUGGAGGACCUGGGCAAAUGGGACCUGGUGGUCCUGGGCAAAUGGGACCUGGAGGACCUGGGCAAAUGGGUCCUGGACAUAUGGGUCAAACUGGAGGACCGCAAGGGGGACCACACAUGGGACAAGGAGGACCAGUACAAAUGGGUCCUAGCGGCCCUCAGAGUGGACCCGGACCUCAGAUGGGACCCGGAGGACCUCAAAAUUCGCAAAUGGUACCAGGUGGUCCAGGGCAUAUGAGCGGACCUCCAGGACCAGGACAUAUAAAUGCUACAGGACCUGGCGGGCAUUUAGGACCUGGAGGACCCGGACAAAUGCCUCCAGGUGGUCCUGGUGGUCACGGAAUGGGUGGCCACGGUGGUCCUGCUCAAUUAGGACCUGGAGGUCCUAGUCAAAUGGGACCUGGUGGUCCAAAUCAGAUGGGUCCGGGUGGACCGAACUCAAUGGUACCCGGCGGUCCUAGUCAAAUGGGUCCCGGGGGUCCUAAUCCAAUGGGACCAGUUGGACCUGGCGGACAAAUGGGUCCGAAUGGUCCAGGGCAGAUGGGUAUGGGAGGACCGGGAGGUCAGAUGAGCAUGGGCGGACCUGGUGGACAAAUGGGACCUGGCGGAGGAGGAGGACAAAUGGGCCCCAACGGGCCUGCAGGACAAAUGGGACCAGGCACCGGACCUGGAGGGCAAAUGGGUCCUGGCGGACCUGGCGGUCAGAUGGGACCUGGUGGACCUGGCGGACCAAUGGGACCUGGAGGUGCUGGAGGCCAGUUGGGUCCUGUUGGAGGUCAAAAUCCUCCUGGACAAAUGGGUCCUGGUGGACAGAAUCAGGGACAGAUGUUACCUGGAGGUCCUGGGCCAAUGGGUCCAGGUGGACCCGUGAAUCAAAUGAGUCAAACCGGUCCUGGACAAAUUGGUCCUGGUGGGCCUCCCGGACCCCCCGGGCCUGGACAGGAAAAUUUAAACGCCCUUCAAAAAGCUAUAGAUUCCAUGGAAGAGAAGGGACUUCAGGAAGAUCCACGAUAUUCUCAGCUCCUCGCAUUAAGGGCUCGCCAAGGAAGUAACAUGGGAGAGAAGCAGUCAUUUAGUUCUCAACAAUUACAGCAACUUCGUUUACAGAUAAUGGCCUAUCGACUAUUGGCGCGAAACCAACCGUUGUCGCAACAGCUAGCACUUGCUGUUCAAGGUGGAGCACCUCCUCCUCCUCCAGGUAUGGCACAGCGUCCCAUGGAUCCUUCUCAAGGACCGGUUGCUCCCACUGGACCUCAGUUGCCUGGCCCCAAUGUGAUGGGACCUACUGGCCCACCAAGACCAGGAUCUCAAACUCCACAGCAGCAGCAACCGCCGCCACCAGGAGCCAAAACGAAUAGGGUAACCAGCGUCGCUAAACCAGCUGGUCUCGAUCCUCUUCUUAUACUUCAGGAACGCGAAAAUAGAGUAGCAGCGCGUAUAGCACUUCGCAUGGAACAGUUAAGCAACUUGCCGACCAACAUGCCUGAGGAUCUCCGCGUUCAAGCUCAAAUCGAGUUGCGAAUGCUGCGAGUUCUGAACUUCCAACGUCAAUUAAGAUCUGAAAUAAUAGCCUGUACUCGCAAAGACACCACUCUGGAGACAGCAGUGAACGUGAAGGCAUACAAGCGUACCAAGAAGCAGGGUCUCCGGGAGGCCCGUGCUACGGAAAAGCUUGAGAAGCAACAGAAACUCGAGGCCGAGAGGAAGCGUAGGCAGAAACACCAAGAGUUCUUGAGUUCGGUUCUUCAGCACGGCAAGGACUUUAAGGAAUUCCAUCGCAAUAACGUCGCCAAGCUGGCUAGAUUGAACAAAGCUGUUCUGAAUUACCAUGCGAAUGCCGAAAGAGAACAGAAAAAGGAACAAGAGAGGAUCGAAAAGGAACGUAUGAGACGUCUUAUGGCGGAGGAUGAAGAAGGUUACAGGAAGUUGAUCGAUCAGAAAAAAGACAAGCGCCUGGCAUUCCUUUUGUCUCAAACUGAUGAGUACAUUAGCAAUCUGACGGAGAUGGUGAAGCAGCACAAAAUUGAACAAAAGAGAAAACAGGUCGAGGAGCAGAAGCGUAAGAAGAAGAAGAAGAAGUUACAGGAUAGCGAGAAUGGCGAGGAUGGUACUACGAACGACGACACCAGGGUUGGCGUGAUUGAGACCUCCACUGGACGUACCCUCACUGGUGAUGAAGCGCCGCUGAUGAGUCAGCUUUCUUCGUUCCUUGAGUCUCAUCCAGGGUGGGAACCCAUUGAUUCCGACAGCGAAGGAGACGACGAUGACGACGAUGAUGAUGAAAGUGAGAAUAAAUUGCGUAACAAAGAAAAAGCAAUGGGUGAUUGUGAGGAAGAUAAGGCUAAGAAACCUCUUCAUAAGGCUAAGGUCGAGGACGAUGAAUAUAAGACAGAAGAACAAACCUAUUAUAGUAUUGCGCAUACCGUUCACGAAGUCGUUACUGAGCAAGCUUCUAUCAUGGUCAAUGGCAAACUCAAGGAAUAUCAGAUCAAGGGUCUGGAAUGGCUUGUAUCCUUGUUUAAUAACAAUCUUAACGGUAUCCUGGCUGACGAGAUGGGUCUCGGUAAAACUAUUCAAACGAUUGCUCUAGUGACGUAUCUGAUGGAGAAGAAAAAAGUGAAUGGACCAUUCCUCAUCAUCGUACCUUUGUCAACGCUCUCAAAUUGGGUUUUGGAAUUUGAAAAGUGGGCACCGAGCGUGGUAGUUGUAUCUUACAAAGGUUCGCCAGCCGGUCGAAGGGCUAUACAGUCCCAGAUGAGGGCCACCAAGUUCAACGUUCUCCUGACCACCUACGAGUACGUCAUCAAAGACAAGGGCGUCCUGGCGAAACUUCAAUGGAAGUACAUGAUUAUCGACGAGGGUCACAGAAUGAAAAAUCAUCACUGUAAGCUUACUCAGGUUCUGAACACUCAUUAUCUGGCUCCUCAUCGGCUCCUACUCACUGGUACUCCGCUGCAAAACAAGUUGCCUGAGCUUUGGGCUCUGCUGAAUUUCCUUUUGCCCUCGAUCUUCAAGUCUUGCAGCACGUUUGAACAAUGGUUUAACGCACCCUUUGCUACUACAGGAGAGAAGGUUGAAUUGAACGAGGAAGAAACUAUUUUGAUCAUUCGACGUCUUCACAAAGUGCUGCGUCCGUUCUUGCUCAGACGUCUCAAGAAGGAGGUAGAAUCGCAACUUCCCGACAAGGUUGAAUAUAUUAUCAAAUGCGACAUGUCUGGCCUCCAAAAGGUUCUCUACAAACAUAUGCAGAGUAAGGGUGUUCUACUGACUGACGGCUCUGAAAAGGGUAAACAGGGUAAAGGUGGCGCUAAGGCACUGAUGAACACGAUUGUUCAGCUUCGGAAGCUUUGCAACCACCCCUUCAUGUUUCAAGCUAUAGAAGAGAAAUAUUGCGAACAUGUCGGGACUCAAGGAUCUGCAGUCAUUACUGGUCCCGAUCUAUUUCGAGCAUCCGGAAAAUUCGAAUUGCUCGAUCGCAUUUUGCCAAAACUGAAAGCAACGAAUCAUCGUGUCCUACUCUUCUGUCAAAUGACACAAUUAAUGACGAUCAUGGAGGAUUAUCUAGGCUGGCGAGGAUUUAUGUAUUUGCGACUGGACGGUACCACUAAGGCCGAGGACAGAGGCGACCUUUUGAAGAAGUUUAAUGAUCCUGGAUCUGAAUAUUUUCUGUUCUUGCUCUCUACCAGGGCUGGUGGUUUGGGUUUGAAUCUCCAAGCAGCCGACACUGUUAUUAUAUUUGAUUCCGACUGGAAUCCCCAUCAGGAUCUGCAGGCUCAAGACAGAGCGCAUCGUAUUGGUCAAAAGAACGAGGUGCGUGUCCUGCGUCUCAUGACAGUCAAUUCCGUGGAAGAGAGAAUAUUGGCCGCAGCUAGAUACAAGUUGAACAUGGACGAGAAAGUCAUCCAGGCUGGAAUGUUCGAUCAAAAGUCAACGGGCUCGGAACGUCAGCAGUUUCUCCAGAGUAUCCUGCAUCAAGAUGAUGCUGACGACGAGGAGGAAAACGAAGUUCCCGACGACGAGACUGUCAAUCAGAUGAUAGCAAGAACUGAGGGUGAAUUCGAGACAUUCCAGAAAUUAGAUCUGGAGCGAAGAAGAGAAGAGGCCAAGUUAGGACCCAACAGGAAGUCACGGUUGUUAGAAGAAGCUGAACUUCCUGAUUGGCUCGUUAAGGACGACGAUGAAGUGGAGAGGUGGACCUACGAGGAAGAUGAAGAAAGAUUCUUGGGAAGAGGAUCUCGUCAACGUAAAGAAGUCGAUUAUUCGGAUAGUCUCACCGAGAAAGAAUGGCUUAAAGCCAUUGAUGAUGAUGUCGCCGAGUAUGAGGAGGAAGAAGAGGACGACAAAAAGAAGAAGAAGACACGGAAACGUAAGAAAAAGGGCGAGGAGGAGGAUGAGCCUACACCGAAGAAACGAAGGGGCGCUGGAGCUACAGUUGAUCCUAAAAUGAAGAGAGCGAUGAAGAAAUUAAUAAUGGUCGUUGUCAAUUAUACUGACAGCACCGAUGGUAGAUUACUCAGCGAACCUUUCAUGAAACUGCCAUCCAGGAGAGAAUUGCCAGACUAUUAUGAGAUCAUUAAGAAGCCACUGACAAUCAACAAGCUCUUGCAAAAGAUCGACGAAGGAAAGUACUCGGACUUUGACGAGCUUGAGAAAGAUUUUAUGCAACUGUGCAAAAAUGCACAAAUCUACAAUGAGGAAGCGUCUCUUAUUCACGAAGACUCCAUCGUUCUACAGUCCGUCUUCACGAAUGCUAGACAGCGCCUCGAGGCAGAGGGUAACACUUCCGAUGCUGAUGAUAAAGAUGGCGAGGAUGGUUCAGAUGCAGAUUCGAGCGUGAGAAUGAAGAUCAAACUAAAGGGCAAGAAGGGCGAAGGUCGUGGCGGUCGUAGAAAACGGGUGACUAAAAAAUAUAUUUCCGAUGACGAUGACGACGCUGAUGACAAUUGAGCAGCGUAUAGGUGAUUAUUUUUGUAAGUGUUCUGUGCGCGAAUGUGAAUUAUUGGCUUUCCCGCGAGUUAUCGCAGCCUUUAAUUAGCCGAUAGACAGAAAGUUCGGUCAGAUAUCGUAAUGAAGGGAAAUGAUUUUUUUCAAUGAAAGGUAUAAUUAUUAUUAUUAUUAUUAUACACGUGACAGGGUCAGUAUCCCUACAUCUGUGUAGUAACGCGUGUAGAAAUAUAGUCGUUUUCAUUGAAACAACGCUCAUCGAGAGGUAACCGUUGCAAAACGUUUGUUUAACUGUAAAUUGUCAUACUUAAACGACUACCAUUUUCUUUUUUAUUUUUCUUCUUCUAAAAUUGCGAUUUUAUUGGAGACAAAUUUCUGUGCAAUCAUUUAUAUAUUUGAUUGUCCACAAAUGUACAGUAGACACUUAGGUAUAAAGUACGAUUCGCCAAUGGCUGCCCUUUCACGUUUGCGUUCCCGCUAAUGUAAUUAUGUAUACUUACGCUUUAUUUCUACAAACGUUAGUACGAACUUGCGGUAGAAACGAUCGUGCACCUUUUCCUUUUUCAAUUUUUUUGUCUCGUUUUUUAAUCACUCUUGAUUGUGGAAACUGGGUUGGCUCUGUCAUUCGGUUGAGAAACGAAAGAACUGUCGAAUUAGCGACGAUGUCUCCUUUCUCUACCCAUUUAAAAAAUCAGCAUUCCAAAAUAGAACCUGCGCACUGAAAAAUCACAUUUCCGAUAUUGUUAUUAAACAUUUCAGUUUACUUUAUAGUGACGCUAUAUGAUUAGAAAUAUGUCCUGCCUCACGUGACUCAUAUACCAAUCGGGAAAUUUGGGUCUUAAGCAAAUAAGAAAACUAGUAUCAUCAACCGUAGGCAAAAAUGGACCAGGUUCUUAUGUAAAGUGUUUUUGUCUCUUUUGCAUAGCUGCGAGGACUCAUAAGAAAUAAGCACUUAUAAACAAGAUGGGUAUGUAGGAGUUUCAACAUUCUUCUCUCCGAAAAAAAUAUUUAAUUUUUCUUUGUUCAUAUAUUUUUUCUUCUCAUUUUCGGCUCGUAUCUCGCAGAUCAACACCGCUUCAGGGAUCGAUAUUUUACAAAGUAUUAACUUAGUAAUAAUAAAUUAUGUAACAAAUCGAGUCUCCGCGCAUGCACCGAUUAAUGUACCUGUGGGCUACGCGUCGAGAGCGAAUAUUGAAAUUUUUGGACAAAUUCAAAUUAAUCGCUAUUGUUAUCCCUUAUGGGAAAAGCGAUCGCUUAGAAAAUAGAGCCACUCGGGCCACGUUUACAUAAUAACAAAUACAAAGAAAGAGAUGAAUACUGAUGGUGAAUCGAGAAUGACGGACACGAGACAUUUGAAAACGCGGCUCGAGCGCCAUUUUUUAUUUUACAAUGCGUUAAGAGACGUGCGACCCGACGAUUUACUAUUUCUCAAUGAAUUCUUACAAAGACUAGAAAAAGAAUGAUGGAUCUUAAUCGUUAUAUCGUAAUGUAACUGUAGCUUGUACGUACAUAUAUAAACAUGAGAUAAUAAAGACCAAUGAAAGGAAA